AAAAGAAUACUCUGUUAUACUGUUUUUGUUAUAGCUAUGGAAACAAAAAAUGAGGUUCAAAAUCCUCCUCAAAUCAAGCCUAAGCCCUCCAUUCCAUGGCGGACCCGCAUAACCCUUUCCCUUGUCUCCGCCGUCACCGACGCCUCUCGCCGCCAAAAUGGCACCGUGAACCGCCGUCUCCUCAAGAUAUUCAACAUCACUGUUCCCCCCAACGGCAACCCUGUCAACGGCGUCAAGUCCUCCGACGUAACCCUCGACCCGGCCCGCAACCUCUGGUUCCGUGUCUUCAUCCCCACGGGCGACGAGGCGCGGAAUUCCGCUUCCCUCCCCAUAAUCGUCUUCUUCCACGGCGGCGGCUUCGUCUACCUCAGCGCCGACACCAAGGAGUACGAUGCAGUUUGCCGCCGAUUUGCGCGCAAAGUCCCGGCGGUCGUCGUUUCCGUUAACUAUCGGCUGGCCCCGGAGCACCGCUACCCUGCUCAGUACGACGAUGGAUUCGACGUGCUGAGGUUCCUCGAUGAUGAGAAGAACGAUGGGAUACUGCCAGAAAACGCUGACGUGUCUCACUGCUUUCUAGCCGGAGAUAGUGCCGGGGGAAACCUGGCCCACCACGUGGCAAAGCGAGCAUCCGAAUCCAGUUUCCGGCGGCUUAAGGUGGGCGGAGUGGUGGCAAUACAACCAUUCUUCGGAGGAGAAGAGCGGACGGAGGCAGAGGAGAAAUUGCAGAAGUUCGAUCAUCUAAUAUCAGUGGCCCGCACGGACUGGAUGUGGAAAUCGUUUCUGCCGGGGGAGGACAGGGACCACCAGGUGAUCAACGUCAGCGGCCCCCGCGCGGCUGACAUAUCCAAACUGGAUUUUCCGCCCACCAUCGUGCUUGUGGCGGCCUUUGAUCCUCUCAAGGAUUGGCAGAAGAAGUACUACAACUGGCUUAAGACCUCGGGCAAAGAAGCUUACCUCGUUCAGUACCCAAACGUCGCUCAUGCUUUCUACAUUUUCCCUGAGGUCCCUGAAUCUAAGCAGCUAAUUCAGGAUGUUAAGGAUUUCAUUCGUACCCACUGUUGACUCUUCCGUUCCAACCACAUUGGCUUUUUGCCUUUUGGCGUAUGUUUUUGCUUUCCUUUCCUAAAUGUACAAUGUGCUGUGUAAUCUUCCAUCUUUUUUUUUUUUUUUACUUACUAUUAAAGACAUGUAAUGUAAUUACUCUAUAUUAUUAUUGAUACAAUAAUAUGGAGAUUGAGAUUUGAGAUUGAUA